GGAAGUUUUGAACGACAUGACAGAAGAAAAUAAUACGGCAGCAACAGUUACCGACCAAACGGAGCAUAGCAACAUCACCGUCCCAGCCACACUUGGACACGAAGAUGAGGAUAUUCAUAAAUGUGGCAGAUGUCUGGAGGAGUUCUCUGCUCUGGAUGCUUUUAUCCAACAUAAACUCAGCAGGAGCUGCAAGCGUCCUAUUCCAGACCAUCAGACAAAUAUUGAUCAUGAUGAAGUUGUUUCUACUGAGGUGACACUAAGUGAAAAUGGGUGCUCAUCCCAUGAGUCAGGGGCGUCCAACACAGGAAAAAAAAGAGGCCGUUCAGCAAGAGAGGAUGAGAGCUCCAGACCUGCUAAACUGGUUUUAAAGUUAAACAAAGAGGGACGAUACAUCUGUGACAUGUGUGAUAAGACUUUUAAAACGACUAAUAUCCUGAGAACGCACAUGUUUACGCACACCGAUCAGAAGGACUUUAAGUGUGAAAUAUGUGAGACUGCAUUCAGGACUAAGGGCUCGUUGAUCCGCCACAAACGUCGACACACAGAUGAGCGUCCAUACUGCUGCAAUCAGUGUGGAUUGGCGUUCAGAGAGUCCGGAGCUCUAACGAGACAUCAGAAGUCUCUCACACCUUGUACCGAGAAGAUUCGUUUCAGCCAAUGUAAAGAGAUACUUGUCAGCAAGGAUGGAGUUCGUAAAGUUCAGCAGGUUCCUCCUGACCUGGAGAAGGAGCAGCUUCCUGUGUUGAGUGUGGUGGAAGCUGGCCAGGAGAUCAUCCAGAUCCGGGUUGUAGAUGAUACAGGACAAGUGCAACAGAUUGUGUCUCAGCCUCAGACUGCAACUGUGGUUGGAGCAGACAAUCUAAUCUGCCAGGCCAUCAUCAACUCUGGCAUCGCACUGGAAACAGAAGCCACAGAGGUGGCCGAGCAGGCAGAGGCUCAGUCACAUAAAGAAGCCCUGCAGACUCCUGAUGCUGAGGCUAAACUCACAGAGAUCCAGGUAACAGAAGAGUGUGUGGAGACAGUGGCCGAGGAGACACUGGAUUCCUCCAUAAAGGAAGGAGAACCUUCUGAAUCGAAAUCAUACAAAUGCCCUCACUGUGAGCGCAUGUUCAAGACAUUGGCAUACCUGCGAGUUCAUGUGAAAGGGCAUGUUGGUUUCAAGCUGUUCAAAUGCAUAAUAUGUCAGAAGGAGUUCCUGACAGGCUACGUGCUAAAAAAACACAUGAAGACGCACGUUAGUGAGCGCCGCUACAAAUGUGGAGAAUGUGGCAAACUGUUUAAAGCCAUUGGACACGUGCGGGAACACAUAAGAGCUCAUUCAGAUGAACGGCCAUACCACUGCAACUUCUGCAACAAGAGCUACAAGACCAAGAAUGCUUUGCAGGUGCACCAUCGUACUCAUGCAGAUGAAAAGCCGCACGUGUGUCCGCACUGCUCCCAUGGGUUCCGGGAAAAGAGCUCUUUGGUGCGGCACAUUCGACAUCAUACGGGAGAAAAACCCUUCAAGUGCUCGAAAUGUGGGCGGGGCUUUGCUGAGCAUGGAACGCUUAACCGUCACAUGCGAGCAAAAGGAGGCUGUUUUGCUGUGCAGCAGAAGGACUCUGAACACACAGGGAGCUCUGAGGAGCAGGAGGUGACCACAGAAAGCAUCUCCACCACCAUAGUAUCAGAUGAUCCUCACGCUGUCCUGGUGGCAUUCUCCUCAGUAGUGACUGACACUCAGCAAUACAUCAUAGGGCAGGACAAUGCUCCAUGCCACACAGCCAGGUCAAUCAAGGUGUGGAUGGAGGACCACCAGAUCAAGACCCUGUCAUGGCCAGUCCAAUCUCCAGACCUGCACCCCAUUGAAAACCUCUGGAAUGUGAUCAAGAGGAAGAUGGAUGGCCACAAGCCAUCAGACAAAGCUGAGCUGCUUGAAUUGUUGCGCAGGAGUGGCAAAAAGUCACCCAACAGCAAUGUGAAAGACUGAUGGAAAGCGUGCAAAGACGCAUGAAAGCUGUGGUUGAAAAUCAGGGUUAUUACACCAAAUAUUGAUUUCUGAACUCUUCUUAAGUUAAAACAUUAGUAUUGUGUUGUUUAAAAUGAAUAUGAACUUGUUUUCUUUGCAUUAUUUGAGGUCUGAAAACACGGCAUCUUUUUUGUUAUUUUGACCAGUUGUCAUUUUCUGCAAAUAAAUGCUCUAAAUGACACAAUUUUUAUUUGGAAUUUGGGAGAAAUGUUUUCAGUACUUUAUAGAAUAAAAAAAAAUGUUCAUUUCAACACAUUCCUAUAAAUAGUAAAUCCAGAGAAACUGAUAAUUUUGCAGUGGUCUCUUAAUUUUUUCCAGAGAUGUAUUUAUUUUCAAGUCAAGUGUCAGUAAUAUCAAAAUGUUUGAGUCAAGAAUAUCAAGAAAUUUUCUCAGUUACAUCAUAUGACCUGAACAGAAUGUGCCUUUUCAUAAAAAUAUUCAUUUUUAAUAUGACAAAAUAAUAAUAAUUUUUUUUAACUUCUUGAGGGUCGAAAGGAUUUUAUUUGUUACAUGAAAGCAAAAUGGCUACCUACAUCA